AUAUAUUUGUUAUAGUUUCACUGUAAGCAGAACAUGACAGUGUUGAUUCCUCUCUCUUCAGGGUUUUGGUUGGUGUGGGCGAUCAUCUUCAUCCUGAGCUGCUGCUGUGUGUGUCACCAUCGCCGCACCAAACAACGUCUGCAGCAACAACAACGGCAGCACGAGAUCAACCUCAUCGCCUACCGCGAAGCACACAACUACCCCUCCGUGCCCUUCUUCUUCAGGUUUCUGCCAAACUACCUCCUGCCUGACUACGAAGAGGUGGUCAACCGGCCCCCGACUCCCCCCCCUCCCUACAGUGCCUUACACACAGGCCCAUCCUCAGUGGCUACUAGCCCCCUGGCUGCUGAUCAGCAGGAGGGACACUGUCCAAACAUCCAGCCCACUCCAGUGCCCCCGGUCUCUGACAGUCUGUGCAGACCCGGGACAGAGGAACCACAGCCCCCCACCUUAGACUUGAGGCCAAAGCCUGACAACAAGCCGCAAGAGUCUGGCGUGAUACCGCUGUCAGAUGGACUCAGGGAGCGACUUAGCAGCCCGGAGAAAAGGAGCGGAGGUGCGGAGGACUGCUGCAAGGACCCCCUGUUGAAGGAGCCGACGGAGGGUCCUGCUGAGGACAAAGAUCGACUCCCCAAUGGACGGAGGAGGCGAUUCACGGGGGACUCCGGGAUUGAGGUGUGUGUGUGCGGCUCACGAGGGAGCAGCGGUUUUAGUGGAGCUGGAGGGACAGGCCAGGAGGGAAAGGAGUUGAGGGAGCUAGAGGGUCUGCUGGGGCAUGAGGGGGUAGAUGAGGAGCAGGGGGGAGAGGAGGAGGAGGAGGAAGAAGAAGAAGAAGAAGAAGAAGAAGAAGAAGAAGAGGCGGGCGACUUCUGCGACAGCUGUGGCAAUCGAGUCUCCUUCAGUGUGGAGGAGGAGCAGGCGCCGGGCGAGUCGGAGAGGCGGGUCGCACCCGGGCCUCCUCAGCCGGCUUACCAAACAAGCGGUGCCGCGCCCCACCCCCCCGUGUGCCUCCUCCUCCUCCACACCAUCAACGAGCAGGAGGGGCCGCACCUCGGCCCCAGCACUGAGCCGCAGGGCUGACACAAACACCUGCAGGUCGGAUGCCGGAGAGGGAAGAGGCUUUUGUAUCUGACGGGUGAUUUAUGUCUAAAUGCUGAGUGUGAGUAUAUGUGUGUAGAUAAAGCAGGUGUGGGAGCGGGAAGUUGAAACUCAACAAAAUAUGACUGAGAGAGUUAAGAAAACCUGCCCCCCCCUCACACUGGAACGGUGGCCUUAACCUGCGUUUUUUUGGGUUACGUUCGGGCAGUUCAAGCCCCUUUAACAAGCCUUGGGCAAAUUGAGACUCCUCACACACACACACACACACACACACACACACACACACACACACACACACACACACACACACACACACACACACACACACACUCCUUCAGUUGACCUUGUCAUGCAACAGAAAGUACUGACACACAGUCAAAGACUUGAAAGCUAAAGCUGUGACGUCAGAAAGGGACAUUCACUGCCCUGGAUUAACGCAGCUCUACAUUUUGGGUGCUUUCAACGUUUCUACCAAGGCGUUUUUCAAGGCAGGAAACUAGGUAGUAAAAAAAAAAGGAACACACACAGCAGGAACAUUUUUUGGUGAGUGCAAUGUGGAUUUGCCACUGUGCGUGCUUAUGCAAACUGAUACUGUACAGGGACGCUAGAACAAGACUGUGUGACGUCCCAUCAGACUUCAGAAGUGCUUUUUUAGCUUUUCAAAAACCGCUCUGCCUUGUGUGUGUUUGUGUUGCUCUCUAUCUGCCCCAGCUAGUCAUAGACAAGUAUAAGUGCAUUUACAAAUGUUCAUGUGAGCAGUUCCUAUUUUGCACAAAGUGUAUGUAUCUUUAUAAAUGAAACUUUAAUGGCUUAAACAAAUCAAAACAGAAAUAACUUUCAGUCUUAAAUUGCAGUUACAUAAUUUAGUGUCUUAGGGUUUUGGUGCAACAUCAAUAAGAAAUGGACCUCUGUGGAUUGUUAGUAGGGAAUGCAACAGACUAACUCUGUACACAAUCACUUAAAAAAACAAAUGGAAUGUUUGUAGUAUGUGCCUACGCUCCCCAAAGAAAAUGCAGAACUUUUAUGGAACAAUGACGGUUUCAAUGAAACUGAGAGACAAUGAGAAAGCAGGUACCAAAAAUAGAAAAUAACAUAUAAAAAGCUUCUUAGAGAUUACAGAUGAGAACGUCAGACCUCAAACUUAGUCACUUCUGUACAUAACCACCUUCACCAGCUAUACAAAUAUUGACACCCUGUACUGGAAUUUCAUAGUAGCACAACCUGAUACAAUUUUGCUGUGGUAUUCAUCCAUUAAACAUCAAUAGCAGCAUCCUGUAGGGUCUGUUGAGUUGGAUUUAAUUAGACUGGUGCAAUUAACCAAAAUAGCUAUAUGAACAGCUAUAUAACUAUAAAUAUGUUUUACUAAUUGAUGACUCUGUCAAUAUAAUGCACUGUGCUGUACAAUCUGAGAGGAAAUGUUCCGUGUAUGUGUAUUUUCCUUUAUUUGUAUACCAUAAUUUAGCCUGUUAAAUGGAAUAAUACCUAUUUGGGGACUUGAAUUAAUGAAUAAAGGAAAAUAAACCAAGUAGCAACAAAUAAGGUAAUAAAAUAAGUUUGGUAGUUGUCCUUUUGUUAUUAUCAAUACCAGUAAACAAGAGGAUAUUAAUUUACUUGGUACAUGUUUUAUGGACCAACAUUACAGUUUAAAAAGCAAUAUUGAUAAUGCUGCAAUGCGAAUAGAAAGCAAAGACCACCGUUGUUCCAUCAUAAGUAUGUUGUAAUGCCUGUAAGAUCAUGAAUGUUUUAAAUCUAAACUUUUAAUCCAGAUUUGACAGAAGUUCUGAUGAUAAAUGGGCCAUGAAAAAUGACACUUGUUGUAACAGGAGCAUGCUAUGUAAACAUUUACAAAAAUAAGUGAAAUUAGACUCUGUCCAUUCCCUGAAGCGAACUGGAACUUGGUGAUGCGACAUGUCAUUGUGUCAUGAUAAUGUAUUUUUUUUUUUACUACUUUGGAGCACCCUGAAAAAUGCACACGUCCCAAUAUUUGCAAAGCACAAAUGUUUCCUUUCACAGAUUUCUAUAUAACGCUAGAUUUUAGGGCCUAAAACAAUCUUAACAAGAGAUCUCUAAACUUCUAGCACAAAUUAAAUUGUGUCGUGAACUUUCUGUAUAAGCAGUAAGAUGAUUGAAUCUUACCCAUGAAUGCCUGAACACUCUAAAGUGCUUUAUAUGUUGGUUCUUUUUCUGAGCUAAAAAGUGAGAUUGUGGGACAUGUAGUACCAAGAAAAAAUAUUUUUCAUAUCGACUGAAAACCUUUCAAAAAAUAAAAAUAUUGGAACUGUAUACAAUUUCAGAACCACUUUAUAUUUGAAAAUAUGUAAAAUAUACCGUAACAUGUUUGUGAACCAAAUAGUUGCUUUCAUAAUUUGUAUGAAAUCCUUAGCUUUAUUGUUAUGGACAGCUUUUCUCAUUAUGGCUAUUAUUUGUUUCUGUUAUGAGAAGAUUUCACUUCUUCAGCUGUGUGAAGGGUACGUUUUGACUAAAAAUACAGUCGAUAAAUGUAAACAAGAUCAGGGGCAUCUUGCCAAAGAAACCUUUUUCUUUCUUAAACCAGUGUGUGUAAGGUGGUUUUGGACGUAUCAUUUCAAUGUUCUGAUCAUAAGCCAUUUAUUACAACCAACAAGAUGGACGUAUGUUAAAUAAAACAUGCCCUUUCAAAUUCAAGCUGACUCUUGUUGUUAAGACUGAGUGAAGCUCUAUUUUUGUGUGUGGAAAACUAAACUUGCACUUCUAAAGACUGAAUAAAAAAAGUAUAACAUGCA